AUGCCAGCUGCAGCAAGUAUAUCAAAUACAUUUGCAAAAGAUAAAAAUGAAUGGUAUUUAAUAUUUGAAGAAUUACGUGAUAUAUCACCAUUAAAAUAUGGUGAAAAUAUAUUAGAACGUCUUGCUAAACCAUUAAGUCAUAUCAUAGAGAAUUGUUUUAUUUUAUUUUAUUUUUUUUGUUUUAGUUCGACAACAACUAGAAGUAUUAAAACAAAUUGCUCAUUUGAUGCUCAUUGGGGAAAUAUAUUAUAUUCUCGUGAAAGUGGUAUACAAUUAAUUGAUUUUAGUAUUGCAACACUUAUUGAUCGAUUUGAAUUACCGAAUUCGAACGCAACAUUAAUUAUAACAUUUACUUUUGAUCGAUCUGUAGAUUGUGAAGCAUCAAAAUUACGACGAAAUUUUCAACAAUUAAUUAAAAAUAAUUAUCCAAUCAAUGGUCAUACUCUUCUUUCACAUCCAUGGUUACAAUAUUAA